AUGCUUUCACAAUCCAAUGAUCAAGUGGAUCAGGAAAAAGGCCCCGAUAUCACAUUGGCCGCCAAGGAGCAGAUUGGCCAGGCCCAACGACCAAAAUGCUUCAGUUCAACCUUUCAGGAAUGCCUGUUCGUUUUAACGGCCACCAUGGCUAUCGGCCAGCAGUCCUUUUUCCAGGGCUGUAUUGUUGGCGUCACUGCCUCAAUUGGAAAGAAUUUGGACAUGAAUUCUGCGGAAAUUACCUGGAUCAAUGCCGGUGCCUCUCUCAGCAGCGGCGCCUUCCUACUAACAUUCGGCAAACUAGCUGACAUGUUCGGCCGCAAAGCGCUAUUCAUCAUCGGCAUGGCCGGCUUCACACUCUCCCUGCUAAUCGCCGGCUUCGCCACAAACGCCAUCUACAUGGACGUUUUCUCCGGCAUCCUGGGUCUCUUUGCAGCCGCGGUGGUUCCCCCGGCCGUUGGCACACUGGGGGCCGUGUACGAGAAGCCGUCCAAGCGCAAGAAUCGCGCGUUCGCGUGCUUCAGCGCGGGUAAUCCGCUGGGCUUUGUGGGCGGCAUGAUCAUCUCGGGCGUUGCGUCGAACGAGUAUAACUGGCGCGCAUCGUUCUGGGCUCUGGCUGUUGUUUAUGCUAUCUUUACCGUGUUGACGGUGUGGACGGUUCCUCCUGAUGGGUUCGCGAGGACGCCCGUUAGUGUUGAGGCGUUUAGGCAGUUUGAUUUGCUGGGGACGGCUUUGGUGAUUGUGGGAUUUGCGUUUUUCUCGAGCUCGCUGUCACUCGCUGGUGAUGCAUCCGAUGGUUGGAAAACUGGAUAUGUUCUUGCUUUGUUCAUCGUGGGCUUUUUCUUGCUUGUUGUCUUCCUGUGGUGGCAGUCCGUUACUUCUAACCCUCUGAUGCCUCUGUGGGUCUGGAAGGAUCGUAACUUCAGCCUGUUGAUGGCAACGUUCUGCCUCGGCUUCAUGGGUUUCUCUGCGGUUACUUUCUACCUAUCCCUUUACCUCCAGGACGUGAAAAACCUCACCGCACUCGAGAUUACCGCUCGAUUGAUGCCAAUGGUAGUUAGCGGUGUCACCGUGAAUGUCGUUUGUGGUCUGAUUCUCCACCGAGUCAGCAACAGUGUGUUAACCGGCAUCGGCGCACUGGCUUACACUGCCUCGUUCCUCAUCUUGAGUUUCAUGAAAGAAGAUGCCCUCUACUGGGAAUACAUCUUCCCAGCUUUGAUUCUAGUGGUCGUUGGCGCGGAUAUCCAGUUCAACGUUACAAAUAUGUACGUCAUGUCAUCGCUGCCAUCUCAUCAGCAAUCAAUCGCAGGUGGAAUCUUCAACACAGUCAGCAAGCUCUGCAAUAACUUGGGUCUUGGUAUCGCUACCUCUGUCGAAAGUGCCAUUGCCAACCAGAUGACCGCUUCUUCGCCGGCCAUCAAGCCCUAUCUAGCCGUCUACUGGUUCGCGGCGGCGGCGGCUGGUUCUUCGCUCUUACUGGUGCCCUUCUUAACGUUAGGGACUCAGGGCGGAGAUGCCCCCAGCGAGAGUGGAGAUGAAAGCGUGAAUGGAGAGCUCGUGGAGAAGAGAGCUAUCGUUGAAGCUAAUCCCGCACCCGUGGCUCCUGGAACCGAGAUUUUUCCGGCGACCCUGUCCUUGCAGGUUGAGGACAAGUCUUGA